GUAAAAUAUUUCUUUCGGAGAGCAUGACGUAUAAACAUGUGCUUAUAAUUUUUCCUGUCUGUUAUUAUAAUUUUUUGUACUUUCUGUCUGAAUUUCUCUCAAGAGGAAAAAACUAUUAAGGUUAGACAAGGUUCAAUAAAAUCUGUUGUGUGUUGACUUAGGCGAAUUGUUUCAAGUUUUUGAGAUAAAUGAUGGAGUUUAGGGUGUAUAUAAUACCACAUGGUUUUUCCACUUCAUUAAAGCAAAUUCAAAGAAUGAGGUCUUUGUCUUUUUGGUGAGAGUGGAUUAACAAAAAUUAAAAGAUGCACUGCAUGUGCAUUGUGAUACAGCUGUUGGGAAUGCUGUACGUGUCGCUUAGUCAGGAAUCGGUACCCGCGGCUUCCCGCCAAACUGCCUCGGGGGCACCCAGUGUAUGUUCCUCAGAACAGCACAGAUCACUGUCUCCUUCACUUCAGAACGAACAUCAGUGUAACCUACUAGAGAGGUUGAACGGAGACUUUGAAACGUCUAAAACCAACCAGGAGAAUCUCAUCAAUGAUGUUAUUAUGAAACUUGAUGUCCUGAACAAUAAGGUUGAUCAACAGAUCCGGAGACAGAUAGAUACAAUAGAGGUUGAGAAGUAUAAAAAGAUGGCACCAAGUUUCCCAAAUAUACCCUUAGUCCGAGAUUGUAAUGAAUUGAAGAUGAAUGGAUUCCAUGUUUCUGGGGUAUAUCCAAUACGUUUCUCAAACGGAAAAAUAAUGAAUGUCUGGUGUGACAUGGACACUGAAAGAGGUGGAUGGACGGUUAUUCAAAGGAGAAUGGACGGAAGUGUCAAUUUCACACAAAACUGGAACACUUAUGCUUUUGGAUUUGGAAAUCCAAAUACGGAAUAUUGGUUAGGAAACGAAUAUAUUCAUUUGAUCACACGGGCCAACAACUAUACCCUGCGAAUUGACCUUUGGGAUUGGGAAGGAGAUGAGGCAUAUGCCAGAUAUGAAUAUUUUGCCGUUACUAACGAGGCAGACGGGUAUAGAUUACUUGUGUCGAAUUAUUCUGGCACCUCUGGAGAUUCGUUUUUAAGCUACCACCAGAACAUGAGGUUUAGUACAUAUGAUAAGGACUACGAUCUGUGGUACUCUUCCUGUGCGAGAAAAGACAAGUCAGGAUGGUGGUAUAGAGACUGUGGAUACAGUACACUGAAUGGGUUGUAUGUAGAUGGGGGUACUAUUCCCAUCUCUGCUGACGGACUCAUUAAGGGGAUCAUUUGGUAUCACUGGAAGAGGAGAUACAGUUAUUCAUUGAAAAAAGUGGAAAUGAAGAUAAAGCCAUCUCUGGCAAUAAAGGUGGAACUCGAAGAACUUGCAGCACUUGAAGCCAAUCCACCCUUUCUUUCUUCCACAACUACAUCCAGUACUAUUAACUAAAACUUUAAAGACUUUGCUGGAAAAGAAUUGAAUAAAAAAGUGUUCAAAGUUUAGAACACCUACCCAAAUUAUCUACAAGAAAGAGUUUUUUCUAAUUUCAUCAUGUUUUCCCAAUAAAAUUAAGUACCUUGACAUUCAGCGUUCCGCGAUAGACUGUGGUAAAUCCUUUUCCCCUCAAACACUCAUGACACGGUUCACUUAAGUGAAUCCUCCCUGGCUGUGCAGAAAGAAGAAUUAAUGAACAGUAAAUACAGGAUACAAAAUAUUUAUUUAUUAAUUGCAUGAUAAUUUCUAAUCUUCUGUUUAUUGCAGUAUAAAGCAAAAUUGAAAAUAUCGCUUACCUCACUGUAUGAUUGCAUUCGUGAUGCUGUAUUUACAGUGUCACCAAACAGACAGUACUGGGGCAUCCUCUUUCCCACAAUUCCCCCAACCACACUUCCUGUGUGCAUGCCUAAUUUAAGAAAGUAACACUGUUCAUGAACACGGACAAAUGAGUAUGAUACGGUGUUGUCUAGGAAUACUAUUGCUCUUAUCUAUUCAUUACACUAUUUCAUGUUUAACAGAAAUAAAUGUGUCAAAUAAAUAUUUUGAUGUGUGACAAUGAAAA